GAGAGGGAAGGCUGAGAAGAAAAUAGAUAUGGUGUGUGUGUGUGUGUGUGUGUGUGAGGGGGAAGGAUUUAGUGGAAGUCAGACAGACAGUGGAGCGGCUGUCAGUGUCAGACAGACACUCUCCGGCACCAGGCUGCUGGAGUCCGCCUACAGCCUCUUGACUGGCCACCUGCCUCUCCCAGAAUAAAAGUGGACAGGCCAAAAAGCUCCAGCAGAAGCACGGAGGACAAGACAAAACCAGAAAGAAAGUCUUCCAUCUCCCCAGCUGCGCUGCAUCGGUCCCGGCUGCACGCUUGACGACGCAAGUUUGUUUGCUAGUUACCAGGAGAGCCGGCACUCAGCUCCAGGACCCGGCCAGUCCUCUCCCUCCCCCCCCCACCUCCGGAGUGGAGCCACUUGCAUGGAUGCACCAUGGCCACGUUUGUCUGCAGGGUUCAGUUUCUAGACGACACCGAUCCGUUCAACAGCACCAACUUCCCGGAACCGACCAGGCCGCCGCUGUACACCUUCAGGGAGGACAUCCCGCUCAUCAACCAGCUUGCAGGCAUCCACAGGCUCCUGCAGGCCCCUCACAAGCUCGACGACUGUGCACUCCAGCUUUCCCCCAAUGGCACCUACCUGGACCUGGAGUCUUCUCUGGCCGAGCAGAGGGACGAGCUGGAGGGCUUCCAGCAGGAUGAUACAGGGUCCAGAGGGAAAAAGCACGGUGUUAUAUUACGGACCCAGCUGAGCGUGCGCGUGCACGCCUGCAUCGAACGACUAUAUAACUCCAAUGGGCGUGACUUGAGGAGGGCGCUCUUCUCACUGAAGCAAAUCUUUCAGGAUGACAAAGACCUGGUCCAUGAGUUUGUGAUGGCGGAAGGUCUGACGUGUCUCAUCAAAGUGGGUGCAGAAGCCGACCAGAACUACCAGAACUACAUUUUAAGAGCUCUUGGACAGAUCAUGCUCUACGUUGACGGCAUGAACGGCGUCAUCAGCCACACCGAGACAAUGGAGUGGCUGUACACGCUGGUGGGCUCAAAGUUCCGUUUGGUGGUAAAGACUGCCAUGAAGCUGCUGCUGGUCUUUGUGGAGUACUCCGAGUCCAACGCGCCGCUGCUCAUACGAGCCAUUGUGGCGGUGGACGCCAAGAGAGGUCGCAAGGCGUGGUCCAAUGCCAUGGAGAUCUUGCAGGAGAAAGACGGCGUGGACACGGAGCUGCUGGUCUACGCCAUGACCCUCGUCAACAAGACACUGGCAGCCUUACCUGACCAGGACUCCUUCUACGACACGGUGGACGCUCUGGAGGAGCAAGGCAUAGAGGCGGUCACACAGAGACACCUGGGGCGCAAAGGCACCGACUUGGACCUGCUGGAGCAGCUCAACAUCUACGAGUCCACGCUGCGGCACGAGGACGGCGACGACGACACCGAGCGUCCGCCCACCGGCCGCAGGGAACGCCGGCGGUCCAGCCUCGGGGGCGGGGAUAAAAGGUGCGGCUUGGAGAGGAGGCGGAGCCGGCGGGCUUCUCUCGGGCGGUCCGGACAGGCCUCCCCGUGCAGCUCGGCAUCCCCCCAGAGAGCGGGCUUCCAUCCGUUCCGGUCAAGAACCGAGGAGAUCGCUGAGCGACAAGAGGAGUACGGAGCGAUACCGGAGUACGAAGAAGACGACCCCCCAGCGACCCGGUUCGUUUCGGAAGAAAGCGAUGAGGUUUUUUUAGAGUCUAGUCCGAGUGGCAGCAGCCCGGUCAGGCUUCUUCCCUCCAUCAUUCAACGCACAGUCCAGUCCAUCACCAUCACGUCCGGACCCUUGCAGGAGCAAGAUGGAUGGAGAGGGAGCCCUCCCCCCAUGCCCCCUCCUCCUCCUCUCCCCGCCCCCCUCAGCCCCCCCUCGCUCCUGGCCGGCCUGCUGGCCCGCAAGAGGGUGAUCAGCACGGUGCCGGCCAGCAGGGAGGUGAGCCCCAGCACCUCUCACCCUUCCCCCGAGGGCCUGCCCUACCGGCCCCACACGCAGUUCCACCUCUUCUCCUACGACCUGGACCAAGGGACCGACAGUCCGGCGUCUUCCAGGAACGGAAAUGUCUCGGCCCACUCCGCCCUCAGCAGCGGCUCUUCCACGCCCACCGGUCCCAGGCCUCUGGGGAGUCUCCUGUCCUCCUCCUACCGACAACACCAGGAGUCCCUGGCAGCCGAGCGAGAGCGCCGCCGUGUGGAGAGAGAGGAGCGGCUGCAGAGGAUCGAAAGAGAGGAGAGAAACAAACACAGCCGGGACUAUGUGGACAAGAUGGAAGAGGCCAGGCUGGCGCGGGAGGAGAGGUACAAGAACGUGGAGCGUCAGGCGGCCGAGGAGUACGAGAAAGAGCGCCUCCCUCGCCCGCCCAGGGCUCGCUCUGACCCGGACCCGACCUUCGAGCCGUCCGGAACCUGGCCUUCGUCGUCCCGCAGCAGCACCCCGUCUUCGCUCACCUACCAGGAGGACGGCGAGGCCGACAUCGAAGCCGAAAACACCAAAGACGCCACCCCUUACGCUCCCUCCGAGGCUGCGGCAGAGGCGGAUGACUCCGGCGCCAGUGUAGAGGAGAAAGAGGCCGCCGCAGAAGAAGAGGAGGAGGAGAAGGAGGAAGAGGAAGAGGCGGUGGUAGAGAGCGAGGAGGAGAGCGAGCAGCCGGCGGAGCAGGAGGAGGACAGCGGCAUCCUGAGCGACAAGGAGAGACAGAACGAGGAGGUGAACGAGAAGGACAACUGCUCCGCCUCCAGCAUCUCCUCGGCCAGCAGCACCCUGGAGAGAGAGGAGCGAGGGAGCAGCGAGAACGGCCUCCAAGAAGAUGAAGUAAACCCACCGUGCAGCAAACUCCUGGACAGUAAGCUCUUCAUGCUGGACAUGCUGUACUCGCAGAGCAAGAAGCCUUGUGAGCAGGAGGAGGAGGAGGAAGAAGAGGAAGUGGAGAAGGAGGAAGUGGAGGGCGACACCAAAGAGGAGACGCACAAGGACGCUGACGGACCGCAGAGCGACGAGCAGCUGAGCGACAACCGUGACGACAAGUCGGAGCAGCGGGGGAGCAUUCGCCAAUUCGCCGAGCGCUUCGGCAACUUGAUCAAGGACCUCGGCGGCCCCCAGGCCCAGCCGGACAACGAGGACGACCUCCCCCCUCCCCCGUCCAAGCCGGAAUUCGACGCCAUCUGGGACCAGCUCCUCGCCGGCCCCCGGGAGCUGCGCAUCGGGGACAUCAACUUCACCGACCUGACGGAGGACGACGACAAGGACGCGCUGGACACCACUCUGAUGCGGGGGUGCGGCCACAUGCCACCCCCGCCGCCGCCCCCGCCGUCCAGCGCCCCAAAUUUCCCGCCGCCCCCGCCCAUGCUCGGCAGCUGCCCGCCGCCCCCUCCCUUGUCGGGGAUGAUGCUGCCUCCUCCUCCUCCGCCGUCGUUUAGCGCGCUGAUGCCUCCUCCUCCGGAGCCUCCCCUCUUCAACAAGAAGAGGAAGACAAUCAGGCUCUUCUGGAGUGAGGUGCGACCUACGGACUUGCCCAGCCGAGACUACAAGAGAAACGGAAACUCCUUGUGGUCCAAACUGGAUUCGGUAACUUUGGACACAGCCAAGCUGGAGCAUCUGUUCGAGUCCAAGUCCAAGGAAAUGCCCGUCACUAAGAAGACGGCGGCGGACAACAAGCGCCAAGAGAUCAGCGUGUUGGAUUCCAAGAGGAGCAACGCCAUCAACAUCGGCCUCACCGUGCUGCCGCCUCCCCGCACCAUCAAGACGGCCAUCCUCAACUUCGACGAGUACGCGCUCCACAAGGAGGGCAUCGAGAAAAUCCUCACCAUGAUCCCCACCGAGGAGGAGAAGCAGAAGAUCCAGGAGGCUCAGCUGGCCAAUCCAGACGUGCCGCUGGGCUCAGCCGAGCAGUUCCUGCUCACGCUGUCGUCCAUCAGCGAGCUCGCCGCCAGGCUUCAGCUGUGGGCCUUUAAGAUGGACUACGAAGCCACCGAGAAGGAAGUAGCAGAACCACUGCAGGAUCUGAAGGAAGGCAUGGAACAACUGGAAAAGAACAAAACUCUGCGCUACAUCCUCUCCACGGUGCUCUCCAUCGGGAACUUCCUCAAUGGAACCAACGCGAAAGGUUUUGAGCUGACGUACUUGCAGAAGGUGCCAGAAGUGAAGGACACGGUCCAUAAACAGUCUCUGCUGCAUCACGCCUGCUCCGUGGUGGUGGAGAACUUCCCUCAGAGCACAGACCUCUACUCUGAGAUCGGGGCCGUCACACGCUCUGCAAAAGUGGAUUUCGACCAGCUGCAGGAGAACCUGAGCCAGAUGGAGCGUCGCUGCAAGGCGUCCUGGGACCACCUGAAGGUGAUCGCCAAGCACGAGAUGAAACCUCAGCUCAAGCAGAAGAUGUCAGACUUCCUCAAAGACUGCGCCGAGCGAAUCAUCAUCCUCAAGAUCGUCCACCGCAGGAUCAUCAACAGGUUCCAUUCAUUCCUGUUGUUCCUGGGCCACCCGGCCUACAGCGUGAGGGAGAUCAGCGUGCACAGGUUCAGUAAGAUCCUCAGCGAGUUCGCCUUGGAGUACCGCACCACCCGAGACCGCGUGCUGCAGCAGAAACAGAAGCGAGCCGACCACCGCGAGCGCAACAAAACUCGAGGGAAGAUGAUCAUAGACGUCCACGCUCCUUGCGGGAGACACGGGUCAAGCAGCGCCCCUAGUGGUAGCCAGGAGGGCGGGCGGCCUGAAGGUCUGGACCACGCAGAGGACGCCGUGGAGCACGAGCACAUGAAGGCGAUGCUGAGGACCAGUGUUAGCAGCACAGGCAGCGACAAGGAGGGCAGCAGCGUUGUACCCGGGCUACGUAUGCGCACUAGAUCACGACCAGGACGCGGAGGUGCCAGCUUGCGGACGCGGACCCCGGCGGUGGAGGAGGCUCAGGUAUGCGGGGAUGACGCCGCCGACGAGAUAAUGGAGCGCAUCGUGAGGUCCGCCACUCAGGCUCCGGGGAGUCGACCACAGCCGCGAGAGAGGAGGAGAUCCAGGGUCAACCGGAAGUCAUUGAGGCGGACCCUAAAGAACGGUUUGACCCCAGAGGAGGCCUUGGCGUUAGGCUUAGCCGACACCGGCGAGCCGCAGCUGUAACCACGCCCCCCCUCUGCUGGCUCCUCCCCUUGCCGGCUGCCUUUUGCUAUUUUUUUAUGUUAUUUUCCUUGCACCAAGAAGAAGCUACACAGCUUUUCUGUCAGCUGCUAACCUUUGCCGGAUGUGUCUGAGUGAUGAUGUCAGUGUUUCAACUAAUGCACAAAGACGAAGGAUGAUCAAUUGGAACUUUUAUUUAUAGAGCUCUAUUUUCGUGUCGCUGUCACGUCACCGUUACUCAAGCUGUGAACUCUCCGCCCAAAGAUGAAUUCAUGCUCACUUCCAAAGUACCUUAAGAAAUGAAACAUCACCCUCUCCCGUGUAAAUAGACAUGUCUGAAGGAUAGGAAAGGUCUUCCAUUGGAUUUGUGCCUUUCUAGCCAAAAGGGACAAUUGCUGCACCGGCUUCCUCAAUUGGACUUUUUCUUUUGGCUCAGUAUUUACUUGAAAAGCUUGGUAAUCAGUCGUGUUUUGCACCUUACUAGUUGUGCAGCAAAAAAGGAGGUUUUUAACUGUAAAGUGUAAAAAAGACAGACUAAAUCAUUUUUGUACAUGUAUUAAAGUAUUUGACAUGAGAGACACUUUACUUUCUGGGUGUGUGUUCGUAUUGUGCAUGUUUCCUGUACGGUUUUGUAGAAAUGUGGAAAGAGGCUAUUCUGUCAAAUGUGACCGAGAUUUGGGGCUGUUACUUGGGGCGACUUGGCCCCUCAGGCGCUUUUUAGGACCUUCCGGAGGACGUGAAGGUCCGCCAGCAAGCUCAUGUUGCGAGUUGACGGCAGAGUCCAACUGUUUCACUUGAAAUGCUGUUUGUACACAUUCUACAAAAACACAAAUAAACACUGUG